GCUGAGGUUAGAGUUUGGUUAGAGCUGGGAUGUCAAUCCUAAGACUCCUGCUCAAAGAUGAAGAAAUUAAGAGCAGCCGAUGUGUGAGAGUUGAUUCAUCAUCUUUUUGAGAGUAAGUCGUUCUGCACUCGUCCAGUCAGCUGCACAGGAGACUGAAGGAGAGGUCCCUGCCCCCACUGCACAUUAUAAACUCCUACCUAACAAGAACAAUCUGUGUGCAGGCCAGAGAGCGCAGACACUCUUGGGGGAAACUAAAGGGGGGAGGAGAACAGAGGAGAGGCAGAAGGAGGGAUUUGUCGUUCUGGUUAAUGACAUCUUUUUUGUGGCUGCCCAGACAGAUCUGCAGCCUGAAAUCUGAAACUGCAGAAGUGGCGUGGCUUGGCCAGCUUUUGCCACUCUUUGCUGUGCUCCGUCUCACUCUCUCAGUUCACUUUUUCCACGUUGGUUACAGCCAUCCUCGAUCUGAGGCGACUCCAGUGGAGCCACUUCUUCUGCAACUGUGGACGGUGAGUCCAUUUCUCAUUUUCACUUUGUUUUCCUGCAAAAUAAACAUAAAACUGGAAUUGAGAGUUUCUUUAAAUUGUUUUGUACUUGCAUGUAAGUGAAGUUACAGCAUCAUGAUGCCUUCAGGGCAGCAUCCAGCCACAGGAAAUAAGGAGCAUGAUUAUCAAAGUAAAAGACACUUUAGCUUCAGCUUUGAAGACAGAAUCUGGGUCAUGUUGUUUUUUGAUGUUUUGAUCAUUUUUUAAAAUCUGCUGACUUGAGAUUCCUUCCAUGUGUGUAUGUCUCUGUCUGUGUGCAUAUGGCGGCCUUAUGUGGGUAUGUUUAUGUGUCUGAUUGUACGGGCAUGUGUGGCGGUGUAUAUUUGGUCUAGGGUUAGUGUGUGAUUAAUUUUGAAAAAAAAAAAAAAAACAGCUCCCACUCCCCCUCUUUUUCCAGAUGAGAGCAGUUUCAUGUUGCCCAGCUUGCACACAGAUGAAGAAGAAUGAGGAUAAGAGUAUGUAAACUGCUGCCAGCUUACACACAGAUUUUGCCAGGAGCUGAAACAGAAAGAUAAACAGAAAUCGCAAAAGUUUAAGAGGUCAGCACACCAGAUUCUGCCAAAUUAAUUUCUAUACAUUGCCUGUAAUAUCUGUCUUUAUAGGCCUUCUCAUAGGAUUGAGGUGCUUUCAUGGAUUUAAAGCUCCUGUGAGGGCAUCUGUUUGUGCUGAUUUUGGCACCCUCCUGUGGACAUAGCAAUAUCUCUUGUAAACAUGUGAAAGGAUGUUUUUGACCAAACAUCCUGUCAACUUUUCGGUGUAAAAUGGCGGGUUAAAAAGCUGACUCUGCAGUGUGUACACCUACUCCCACAGCAGCAGCUUAACAUGUAAGAUAUAAAACCUUCUGUUGUACUAGGAGUCCAAAAACAGCAGUCCUCUGUCCAAUUCAAUGGAAAACAUGAAAUUUUGAAAAGCACAUUGCCUCAUAAUUUAAAGGGAUAGUUCAGUUUAUUUAAAGUAGUGAGAAGGAAUUUGUAUUAGUUGCAUUGAAAGUAAUACUAAAACAAAGUGACUCUCUGAUAGUGAGGUAAAGCUCAGAAAAAUAUCUACAUACAGAUUUCACUUGCACGGCUGACCGGUCCCUCAUGAGGGCACUUUACUGACAUCUCCCUUGCUCAGUCCUGCUUAAAAAAAAAAAGAACUAUUCCUUUAAUACAGCUGUUGCUGAUUAUAAAAACAGUAAUAAUUUUGUUUUAUAUCAAAUCCAAGAAAAGCUAAAGCUUUUCAUAGACAUCUACCAUCUUCAGAGGGAGAAUAUUCUUCAUCCAGUUCCAGAGUCUUCUUGAAAUCUUGAAACUUUCAGAGGAGCUUUACAAGUAUAAUAACCAUCUGGACAACGCAAAUGUUUUGCGCACAUGGCACUAAUGUCUGACUUCACUGUUAUUUACAGAUCGUGAGGGGAACGAUGCUCCCCAUGGCCUCUCAUCUGACCAGUCUGUGUUUGGUGUUUUGCCUCGGCAGCGGCUUGGCCACACCUCUACCAUCCUUCAGUCUCUUGGAGGGAAGUACAGAUGAGGAAGAGCUCACAAACUCCACUUCUCCUCUGACAUAUUUGGUAUUCAGUACAUCAGAAUACCAAACCACCCCUGCCAGCCCCACACAUGUGGAAACUGAGUUUCUGAGUCAGGUUAAGGACUUUAUGGAGGAGAAUAUGCUCCUCAUCCUUGUCGCAAGCUCUUUCAUCCUUCUCUUCUUCCUCAUUGUCUGCGGAGCCAUUUUCAUGAGCCGUAGGCGCAAAGUAAAUGCUUACUAUCCUUCCUCUUUCCCUUCAAAAAUGUAUGUGGACCACAGGGACAAAACCGGUGGGGCCAAACUCUUUAAUGAAGUGCCAGAAAAAGCUGCACCUGAGCAGGAAGUUCAGAUUGUGGACUCACAUAAGCAGCUCCAGGCAGACAUCAUGAGGGCUGCAAAGAGCCUGCGCACACCAAAUAAAUCUGCUGCUGCUGCUGUAGCUGCUGCAGAUGGAGGCGACCCCAGCCAGAAAGAAGCAGACCAAAGUCCUGAAGCCUGCUCCAAACAAGAGGGCAGUAUCCUGGACCAACAGCUUUCAAGUCUCCCUGAGGAAACAGAGCCAUGUGAGCUUCCAGAGAGUGAAAAAGCAGCAGCAGGAUGCACAGAGCUGAAGCCCCCAGAGCAGCAAGAUGACGAUUCAAAGGAGCCUCUGACUGGUACAAGCCUGCGGCCUCCAUCUCUGCAUAUUCACAAUGACUCUGCCACACUUCAGCUCAUUGCAGGAGAGAAAACUGCUUUCUAGCUGCUCUGAAUACUCUCACCUGAGUGUCUGAUUUAAUGAAUGAAAGCUCAAUCAAAAUGUGUCUCCAAAGGACUCGCUGAUGAGUCUGGUGACACCAGACUAGGAGUCUACCAAAGCUGCUUUGAUUCAAGUAUAAAAGUGAUUUACAUCAUAUUAUGUUUGUAUAGAGUAUAAGUGGACACAUUCAGCCGACUGUUGCCAAGCUAUAACUUUAUAUACUAUUCAUGCUGUAGUAGGAGCAUGUAUUAAGUUAUGUAAUAAGCUUUAGUUAUAAAUCAUAUUCCUGUUUA